AGCAUAUUUAUUACAUAUUUUUUUUUAAGAUUGCAAGAUAUAUUUUAUUGUCUACGAAGUAUAUCUGAACCAGUAUAUAGCAUUACUUAUAAUAUCAGAAUGGGAUAUGAGGAUAAUGAUGUCCACAAUAAAAAAGAAUCUCCUGACAAAAAUAUCAAAAUUAAGAUGGAAACAUCACAAGAUGAAAAUAAUGAUUUGAAGAAAAAAAUUAAAAAUAAAGAUACCUAUAAAGUUAAAUAUAGAGAUAUAAGGAAAAGGACAAGAAUGUCACAAAGUGAAGAUAGUGAUUUAACGAAAGAAAAUGAAGAUAUAUCAGAAAAUGAAGAUAUAUAUAAAGUUAAAUAUAGAGAUAAAAAUAUUGAGAAGAGAAAGACGUCUCAAGAUGAAAAUAAUGAUUCAAUGGAAAAAUUAGAAAAUGAAGACAUCCAUAAAGUUAAAUAUAGAAAUAAACACAUUAGGAAGAAGAUAAAAAUAUCACAAAAUUCAGAUAGCGAUUCAGUGAAAGAAUUAGACAAAGAUACCCAGCAAAUUAAAUGCAAAGAUAAAGAUAUGUGGAGUAUAAAAAUAUCACAAAAUGAUAGUGAUUCGGAAGAAUCAGAAAAUAAAUAUCCCCAUAAAGUUAAAGGCCAAAAUAAAGAUAUUAAAAGUAAGAUAAACACAUCACAGAAUAAAAAUAGCGAUUCGAUGUAUGUUUCGGAGAAUGAAGAUAUUGGAAAAAGAGUAAAAGUAUCGCAGAAUAAAAAUAACAAGAAAAACAAAUAUACUGAUGAAGCUAGUUCUAAAAAUGAAGAUACGAAAAAAGAGUAUUGCAUCGAAGAAACACACUUGGUCCAUAAAGUUAAACACAAAGGCAAAGAUAUCCAGAAUGAGAAAAAAGCCCCAAAGAAAGGUAGCAAUUCAAUGAAAGUAUCGGAGAAUGAAGAUACCCAUGAAGUUAAAUGCAAAGGUGACAAUAUUCUGAAUAAGAAAAACAUCUCAUGGGAUGAAGAUAGCGAUUCGAUGGAAAAAUCAGAGAAUGAAAAUGCUCGAAUUAAGUGCGAAAAUAAAGAUAUUGGAAGUAACAUAGAAAUGCUACAAGAUAAUAAUUCAAUGGAAAAAUCCAAGAAUAAAAAUGCCUAUAAAGUUAAACUUAAGAGAUUUAAGAAUAAAGAUAUCCGGAAUCGAAUAGAAAUGUCACAGAAUAAUGAUAAUAAUUUAAUGAAAAAAUCAGAGAAUAUAAAUGUUGAGAAAGUUAAAUGCAAAAGUAAAAAUAUCGAGAAUGGAAUAGAAAUAUCACAGAAUGAAGAUAGCGAUUUAAAGAAAGAGUUGAAGAAUGAAGAUACAAUUGAAUAUGAAGAUAUUGGAAAUAAAAUGAAGACAUUACAGGAAAAAAAUCACGAUUCGAAGAAAUUUUGGAAGAACAAAUACAUUCAUAGGGUAAAGAAUAAAUCUGAAGAUGAAGGUAUAGAAGAAUAUUGUAGUGAAGUAACAUAUCUAGCGCGGCAAAUGGCAUUAGCAGAGAGUCCUUGCCAAACAGAAAUAUUCAAAUUGAAAAAUUUAAACGUACAAUUGAGACACACGAUACCACCACAACAUACGAUUGAAACACGAGCUGGGUCUCAUAUGCCGACGCGAAAGGAAAUAGAAGAAUUUGAAAAAAUAAUACCAAUUAAGAAAGGCUCAUAUUCUUUUGAAGAAGAUUGGGAUGUAAAUAAAAGUAAACCGUUUUUACAAUUAAGAGUUGGCAAUUUGACAUACAUGCGUAAUAUUAAAGAAAGACGGAAAUUUGUACAAUUUUUAGCCAAUGGUUUACCAGAGAGAACUUUAUAUAGUGUCUACCAUAGAUUUAAAAAUUUAUAUGAGAACAACCUUCAACGAAGGUUUAAACCUGAAGAAGAUGAAAUGAUAAUAGAUCAUUUAGAAAAUAAUCCAUCUCUUGAAGUAAAACGUAAAUAUGCUGAUUUGGCUAAAGUUCUUCAGAGAACAAGACAUUCCAUUUGGCGACGUUAUCGAAUAUUAUCUAAGAAAAGACGUAAAAAGGAUGAAGAUGAUUGAAUAUUAUUUAUUUAUAAUAAAAGCGUUAAUUUAAUUAUG